AUGAGGAGUUUAAUAAAACGGGUCGCAAUUGUCACUCUACUUUUAGCCGCAUGUCGUGUAAUUGAUGCAAAAAUCCACGUACAAGUGAUCAACCGACUCAAAAAUGGGGUACGUCUAAACGUGCACUGCCGGUCAAAAGACGAUGAUAUCGGUUUUCACGUGUUGGAAGAGGGCGAUUCCAUUGAGUGGAGCUUUCACCUCAACUUUGGGAUGACCACUUUAUUCUAUUGCGACGUGCAAUGGGGCGACUCUUAUUGGCACCAUUUUGACGCCUAUGAUGCCGGAAGAGAUUCCUAUAGAUGUGAUUCGAAAUGUCGAUGGAUGAUUGGGGGAGAUAAAUUGUUGUAUGGAUUUAAUCAACAGUCGCUCUUUUGGGAAUGGUUCCCAUUAAUCAAAGAAUAA